AUGACCGAGCUGGUGGAGAGCUACUUCUCUGCCCAUCAGGCAUCACCUGCUGGCGUCCUGACAAUGCGCAACGCCAUGAGCAGUUGUUUAUUUUGUUCGCAUAUUUCGUUUUCUGGCAAUCGUGUGACUAGACUUUAUUGCUUUCAGAACAUUCCUGAAGAAAGUUUGUAUGUGAAGUGCAAUGGGCAGCUGGUUGAUCCCGAGGAUGCGCUGCAAAGUGGAGCUGUAUACAGCCUGGAGCCAAGGCUUUGCGGUGGAAAAGGAGGUUUUGGAUCUAUGCUGCGGGCACUUGGCGCUCAAAUUGAAAAGACAACAAAUAGAGAGGCUUGCCGAGAUCUCAGUGGAAGGAGACUUCGAGAUGUCAACCAUGAAAAAGCGAUGGCCGAAUGGGUGAAGCAGCAAGCAGAAAGAGAAGCAGAAAAAGAACAGAGACGUUUGGAAAGGCUGCAACGGAAACUCGCAGAGCCAAAGCACUUUUUUGCAAAUCCGGACUAUCAGCAGCAGUGCCAUGAGAUGUCUGAACGACUAGAAGAUUCUGUCCUUAAAGGGUUGCAGGCCACCUCCAGCAAAGUGGUGUCACCGGAAACUAGCGAUAAUCGAAAGCGGUCAAAUGAAUCUGUAAAUAAAGGAACAAAAUAUGGAAAAAGAAAAUGUUUUUGGCUGGGAAUGGAAGGAUUGGAUGAUGCAGGCAGUUCAGAAUGUAGUGACGACAGUGAAGACAAUUCCGCUCAUGCAUCAGGAGGAAGUUGCCCAUCAGGCAGCAGGUUUAAUGAAAAUGUUGAAAAUCCAAACGAGUGUUCAAGUAGCUCUGUGGAUUCGGUGAAGUAUCAGUCAGCCACCAAUCCUGAAAAACCACUGGAGCAUACGGAAUGUCCUGGAAGAGAUCUGCAAGGAGAGGCAUGCACAGGGGAGCAAGCUGAAACUCCAAGAAAUGAGAAUAGUGAAAUGAAAAAGACCCUGAAAGAAAAUGCCCAGGAAAAAAACAAAGUAACCGAAGUGCUGAAAGAAGGAAAGCAAGAAAGUGUUUCUUUUAAGGCACAGGAAACAAACCAGUUACAGAGCACGGAGGUGGAACCGAUAGACCUCAUGGCUUUCAGCUCUGCCGCUGAGAUGGAAGUGCUGGGAUUAGAGAAACUGAAGUUGGAGCUGAUGGCUCUAGGACUGAAAUGUGGGGGCACUUUACAGGAAAGAGCAACAAGACUUUUCUCAGUGAGAGGUCUCUCUCGAGACCAGAUUGAUCCUGCCUUAUUCGCAAAGCCCUCGAAAGGGAAAAAAAAGUGAAUUUUACAAUUAUUUUGUGUCUGAAUGCUUUUAGAUUU